UGAAUUAGGAAGAAAGUGUGAACAGAGAUGCCGGCCAUUUCUCGUUUCAUCUCCAGAACCCUCCGAGAAGUUCACCAUUCCUACCAGAUCGCUAUAUCAACCGUCCUAAAAUUCAUGGUGGUAGCCAGAAACCGGACGUCUCGCAGCCAGAAACCGAUGGAUCGUGGCAUAUUUGCAGUGAACGCAGUCUGCCUGAAGAGGGUCGUGAGCCGAUUGCACGGCCGAUCUUCCAGGUUUGCUUACCACCAACUAUCGCCUGUUUCCGAUGGGUUUGAUGCAGGAGAAAUGCAGAAGAGAGGCUCCGGCGGCACGGAUACUGUGAGGGUAGUCGUGGGAAGGGAGAGGCGGGUGUUUGAGGUGGAUUCCUGUGUUCUAGAGGAAGACCCAUUUCAAGUACUGUUCGAUCUGACGAGGACAGGGAAAGGAAUGGGGGGAGUAAUCUUUGUUGAUUGUGAUUCUAUAUUGUUUGAGCACAUGUUGUGGCUGUUGAACAAUGAUUGGUCAUCGUUCUUCAAUCUGAAACUGAAGGACAUCAUAGAAUUCUAUGCUCAAGACUCCUCCUAGAGUUGUCUCAAAGUGUAUGUGCGUAUCUACAGCAGAGCUGGGAACAGUUUGGGUACUUUGGUGUUCUGCACUGCAAUUUGGUAUUCCAACUUGUCUGAAGCUUUCUGGAUAAGUAGGUGCGUCCAAACAAAUCAAGAUAAGAGAUAUGAUGUUCAUACGGCCAAUUAUUUUCUUCUCUCAGUCCAGCUUGGAUUUAUAUGCUUUGUGAAGGUGCAGGAGGUUGAUGAUGGUGAGAGGAGUAAGACCAAGAUGGACUAAUUGAUUCAGAAUUCAGUUCAUGCUGCAAGAAUUAUUCAUUGUCACUGUAGUCGAGAGUUAGACUUAUGGCAAUCAUUUGUUUUGAUUUGUUCUGAAAUUUAGAAUUUUAUGUCCUAAUUUAAGGACCAUCCCGAAAAUAUGGUUUCUGCCUUUUUUGUGAUUGUAACAUAAGGAAUAAAUGGAAUGAUACAGUUAUGUUCUAGAAUAUAAACAUAUUCUAGGAUUUU